AAAUUGAGCAGAGCACAACAGGGCAGGCGGCCAGUAGGAGGUGAACUGUGGGGUUUAGCGGUACCUGGGAAUAGCGGAAAGGAAUUGUUUUCAGAAGUUUGUAACGGAAUAAUUUUAUUUAUAAAAUAUGAGAUAGAAAUAUUAUUCAGUCAUGAAUCUGAGGGGGCUAUUCCAGGACUUCAACCCAAGUAAAUUCCUCAUCUAUGCCUCCCUGCUCCUGUUCUCAGUCCUUCUCUCACUGCGCUUGGAUGGCAUUAUCCAUUGGAGUUACUGGGCAGUCUUUGCCCCCAUCUGGUUGUGGAAGCUGAUGGUGGUUGUUGGAGCCUCAGUAGGGACUGGUGUGUGGGCUCGCAACCCUCAGUACAGGGCUGAAGGUGAAACGUGUGUGGAGUUCAAGGCCAUGCUGAUCGCAGUAGGGAUUCACCUGCUGCUUCUAUUGUUUGAAGUCCUGGUGUGUGACAGAAUUGAGCGAGGAAACCAUUUUUGGCUCCUGGUCUUCAUGCCCCUGUUCUUCGUGUCGCCAGUGUCUGUGGCUGCCUGCGUCUGGGGGUUCAGACACGACCGCUCCCUGGAGCUGGAAAUCCUGUGCUCUGUAAAUAUCCUUCAGUUCAUAUUUAUUGCCCUGCGACUGGACAAGAUCAUCAGCUGGCCCUGGCUGGUUGUUUGCGUCCCUCUCUGGAUUCUGAUGUCAUUCCUUUGCCUGGUUGUUCUGUAUUACAUUGUUUGGUCUGUACUGUUCCUGCGCUCAAUGGAUGUGAUUGCGGAGCAGAGAAGAACUCAUAUAACCAUGGCAAUAAGCUGGAUGACCAUUGUUGUGCCGUUGCUAACAUUCGAGAUUCUGUUGGUUCAUAAAUUGGAUGGUCACAACAAGUUCCCGUAUGUCCCAGUUUUCAUUCCUUUGUGGCUAUCUCUUAUAACUCUGAUGGCAACAACGUUUGGUCAGAAGGGGGGAAAUCACUGGUGGUUCGGUAUCCGCAAGGACUUCUGCCAGUUCCUGCUGGAAAUCUUCCCUUUCCUCCGGGAGUAUGGAAACAUCUCCUACGACCUUCAUCACGAAGACACUGAGGAGUCUGAGGACACUCCUACACCAGAGGCCCCUAAAAUCGCACCAAUGUUCCGCAAGAAGACUGGAGUUGUCAUCACCCAGAGUCCAGGCAAAUACUUUGUACCACCUGCCAAGCUUUGCAUUGACAUGCCUGACUAACGGCUGCUUCAGUCAGAAGAUUGGAGAAAUGAAGUGAGAGUUACAUUCCCUUUGGACUGUAAUCAAAGAGGUUUUCUGUGUUUUUGGAAUUGCUCUUCACUAGAACUUGGGAGCCGUUGGCUAAACAGACAUUUUGUUCUCUUUUAAAGGAGUUUUUUUUAAUAUUUAUUUUUACAUUUAUUUUUUUCUGUCAUGUACUCAUCCAACACGUAAUGGAAAAUGAAAACCUUCUUCUUUACUUGUCUUUGUAUGGCAAGUAUAAGGGUAUUAGCUUUGUGGUCCAGGAUUAAAACCAUAUCCAAAAGUGAAAUUGGUUUUUGGGAAGGAAAGGUUGAUUUGGAACCAGUAGAACUGUGGUAAGACUUAAUGAAAGACUGUCAGUAAGUGGGUUUUGAAGCAGUGUGAUGUAAGAUUCAAAUGUCUUUCCUUUAGUUUCUACCUGUAAUUGUUUAAAACCAGACAUAUUUUCAAUUUUUCUUGUGGUCUUUACUAAAACUGCUGAACUUUUAGUAUCUUAAAAAUCCAGUGCAGUUUUGCACAUGAGUAAGUGUCCUUCUGAUAAUGGAGAAAAAUCAAUUCUUAGAUUCUCUGUUAUCCCAAUUGCUGAGAAAGUUCCCUGUUUGUUGAAAGAACAGGGUUUACAGAAAAGCUUAAUUUAUUAAACAGAGUGGGCUAAGAGGAGUUGAGUUACUGGUAGAAUACAUGUUAAACCUUUGAGACAGUCCAGCCUAUGGUCUUUUUAAGAUCACUACCAAUAAAUGAAUAACUACAAAAUAAGACCACAAUUUUUGAAAUUGCCUUUAACUAAUAUGGAUUGAGUAACUUUUCCACAGUGGAACAUAUACUGUAAGCCCAAAUUAUUAAACAUCAUACUAACCGAUUUUAGUUUGAAAAAAAAAAAUGAAUUCAAAGGUUUUUGGGCAGGAGACUACUGUCUUGUUUGUGUGAUUACAAAACAAAAAAUGCAUUACAUGAAUCAUGUACAGUUUCAUAAUACACAACAUAAUCAAUCUUAAGUGAAAUUUGUGAGUCUGUAAUUCCGAUCACAAUACAAUACAUAAUAGAGGUAGUGCACAUAUCGUUUGGUUUGGUGAAGCUGGGUCUCUAAACAUUGUGGAUUGUGUAAAAGUAUUGAAAUUGGAAGGAGACCAUUCUGCAUGAUUAUAAAAUAAGAGAGAAGGUAGGACUCAGCAGAUUCUUUGUUUUACUAACUUCUGACUGAAGCACCCAUUAGUCAGGCAGGUCUUGUUUUACUAAUUUCAAAUGGUGUACUGAGUCUCCAAUUUAAAAACAUACAAGGUCUUGGGAGAAUAGUAGUCCAUGGUGCUUGUAUUUCUCUGUUGCUGUAAAACUGUCUUAGGUCUCUUGGCAUAACCAUAUAAUCCUUAGUGUGUGCUUUGAAUUGGCUUGUUGCUGUGAUAUUUUAAGAUCUUUUCAGACUGCAGUAGUUUUAUUUUUGAUAGGCAAGUUGCUUCUGAACAGAUCAUACAAUUGAAAACAAUCUGUUGGUGAGAUUAACAAAGUGUAUAUGCACAACUACAAAGUUAUUUUAAAACCCUGUUAAUUUUUUUAAUAGAAAAGGCACUACAUUAUGCAUUUUGUCUUAUUUAUACAGUGUUUAUUUUACUGUUUUUUUUUCUUUCUGUCCUUCAUCAACUCACCAAACAGCUGUACAGUCUUCUGCUUAUACAUAUGUGCUUGUGAAUAAGGACCUGCACAGAAUCAAUUCCCAUAACACAUAAAGGCUAAAACUUAAUACCUGGGCACCAUCUACCCUGUUUAAUAUGUGAUGUAUUAAGAAUUUCAAUUUUUUUCUUAAAACAGAUUAAAGUAUCGAUUAGAAUUUUGCAAUCAUGAAUUAAAAACAGUUGAGGGUGUGUGUCUUUAAAGGGGCCAGCACUAAAAUGUAACUACUAGCAGGUACUAAUAGUGCCAUGGUUUUGUGGACCAGUAAUGUUAAUUGAUGUUAAACCUUUACAAUCUGGAGCAUUUAUAUUGUAAAACAAUUAUAUAUUAUGUAAAAGUAGUAUUACAAAAUGUGUGUGUGAUAGAUAUAGCUAGAGAGAGGUAUUUUUUUCUGUGUAGGUCAAAAUAUGCUGUGCAUUUUUAAGCUUUAUAUAUUUAACAUUUUGUGAUUGAUGUACAGAAAGAGCUUUCUCAGCGGGUCUGAGAGGAUUGAGAAUGAGCGAGUACCACUGCUGAUGUUAGAGGACCAAUUUAUUUUGUGCAUUUCCAUUUUGGAAAUUAGUUUAUGUACUACCUGUGUUCUAAAAAAAUAAACUCUGUUGUAAUAUUGAUGGUUAAACUUGUCUGUUUUAAAGUAGAUUGGAAAGCACAGCCAAAAAACCCCACAGUACUGUGUGUAUUAUGAAGUAUAAGCACCUGGAUCUCCCAUGGCCAUUUCUCAGUUCUAGUUUCAAUAACAGGAAAUCACAGCACAAACAUGCCCAUGUGAAAGGAUAUUCUUAAUACAAAACCUUUCGAAAGCUACAAGAAAGGUAAUGUUGGAGACAUUUCCUAUUUAUUACCGCAAUCUCAACUUGCCAACGCCACUUUCCUGCAUAAAUACAGUCGAAUGUCGGUUGAAAUGACAACAUGCUCCAAAAUGUUUGUUCUUUAUUCCUCUCAGCUUGUGCAAUGUACAUGCUUAAUAAAAGCAGUUUCAUUUUA